UUGACAAAUUAAAUAGGACAAAUUUAUGUCGAUUGUGUCUUAGAAAAUAAGAUAAAGAAUAAUUUUCACUUUUGGUUUUUCUCAUUAUGUUAUAAUGAAGAAAGAGGACGUAUAGAAACAAUUGUGGAGCAUGUAUGAAAGUACUUGUGGCGCGGCGGCUACCGGACAGUGUGGGAAGCCGCAGCGCGAAGCUGCUUGCACAUCGCGUGAGCCUCCGUCGGCGCCUGCUGAGCGGGAUUAUAGUGGAUUUGACAUUGUCAAGGCUACGCAGUACGGUGCUUACAGCAGAGUCAAGGAACUGGUGGAAGCCGGCUGGGAUGUCAACCAGCCUGAUCAUGAAACUGUCACGCUCUUGCACUGGGCGGCCAUCAACAACAGGCGAGAUAUUAUCGAGUACCUGGUGUCGAAAGGCGCGCGCGUGGAUGCCAUCGGAGGCGAGCUGCAAUCGACGCCGCUGCACUGGGCCGCGCGGCAGGGCCACCUGGAGGCCACGGUGCUCCUGGUGCGCGCCGGCGCCAACCCCGGCCUGCGGGACGCCGAGGGCUGCGGCUGCGUGCACCUGGCGGCGCAGUACGGGCACACGGCCGUGGUGGCGUACCUGGUGGCCCGCGGCGUGGCGCCCGACGGGCCCGACGCGGCCGGCAUGACGCCGCUCAUGUGGGCCGCGUGGAAGGUGACGGCCGUGGACCCCACGCGCCUGCUGCUCUCGCUGGGAGCCUCGCCCGCGCCGCAGGACACCGCGCACGGGAACACCGCGCUGCACUGGGCCAUCCUCGCGCGGAACUCGACCGCCAUCUGCACGCUCGUGCUCUACGGAAAUGCUAAUCUGGAGAUCCCGAACCAGAGAGGCGCCACGCCCCUCGCCAUGCUGCAGAGUAACCUUGGUGCGGUGUGGAUAGGAAGCAAGGUGGCCGAGAGAGUGAAGGAGUUGUCUACCUCAAGAAAUAACUGUUUGCGAAGAAUUACAUAUGAUAAGAAAUUUAGAUGGUGGUGUGUUGUGACAAUUCCAUUUCUGGCAUUCUAUUUGACCGGCAUGUUGGUGGAACUGGACGCUCCCAUCUACCUGAAGGCGUUCCUGCUGGUGUGUCUGUACUCGGUGCUGCAUGUAGUUACAAACUUCCUCUUUGAUGAUGAACUGAAGAAUAUAUUUCCCCUUUGUGUUUACUUAGCAACUAAGACGUGGUUCUACAUCACGUGGGUGGUCGUGAUCGCCAGCGAGGUGAGCGCGGGCGCCACGGUCGGCUUCCUGCUGUGCUCGGCCAUGCUGUGGCACACGUUCCUGCGCUCGUGGCGCGCCGACCCGGGUGUCAUCACCGCCACGCGCCAGGAGAAGAUGCGGACGAUCAUCGAUCUGUCGGAGAGCUCGGGCGGCGGCGGCGGGUUCGACGCGGCGCGGUUCUGUUCGGCGUGUCUGGUGCGGCGGCCGCUGCGUUCCAAGCACUGCUCCGUGUGCAACCGCUGUGUGGCCAGGUUCGACCACCACUGUCCCUGGGUCGCCAACUGCAUCGGCGCGAAGAACCACCGGUCGUUCGUGGGGUUCCUGGGCAGCCUGGUGGUGAUGUGCUCGUGGAUGGUGUGGGGCGGCGCCCAGUACUACGGCGCCCGCUGCGGCGCCUCGCCGGCCGCCUGGCCGCGCUGCAACGCCUGGCUGGGCUGGGUGCUGCUCAACGCGGCCUUCCACCUGUUCUGGGUGAGCGUGCUGGCGGCGUGCCAGCUGUACCUGCUGGUGUGUCUGGGCAUGACCACCAACGAGCAGCUCAACCGCAGCCGGUACGCGCACUUCGCGGCGCGCGGCGGCCGCUCGCCCUUCUCACGCGGCCCGCUCAAGAACCUGAUGGCCUUCCUGCGAGACACCGAGCAGCGCGACCACCGCCCCGACCUCGACGACUCCUGCGACGACCAGGACGCGCGCCCCUUCAUGCGCGACGACCGGCACUAUGUCUAGGCUGCGGUCGGUACGGACUGCCGACUGGUACAACUCUACAGCCAGAUACAUUGAGGCGCAUUCAACCCUAUGUCUCCAGCCCGGCACCUAAUAUUGUACACUGUGACACAGAAUAAUUCCUUUCAUCAUUUUGUUAACUGACAGUUAUCAAGCUCUCUAGCAUAUAAUGCCUGACAGACUGAGCUUAGGAAUCACAUCCACAUAUUAUGUCAAUUAUGCUUACAAUGUUCUGCUUUGAGUUCAUCAGCUCCAGGCAACAUUUUUCUCAAGCAGAGUCUAAGCCAUGCAAAUGUUUUUUUUUACAUAUAAAUACUGAAUGAUUUAUUUCUUUAUUUAAGCAUAUAUAUUUUAUUUUGGAGAUUUAUAUAUUGGAAAGUGAUUUCUCCAAAAUUUUCCUGGUUUACCUUAUUCUAAAGCAUAAACUGAUUAACACAGUUUUCACUUAAUGGUGGCUAACCCUACCACCAGCUCACAUUAAAGCUUUGCCAAUGAAAUGUAUUUUAACUAAGGGUGAGUAAUAAAGUGUUGCAUUAUUUUAUAUCUACUUAUGACACACCAAAAUGUUAGCAAUGAAAUGAUAUUAUAUUUAUUCUGUCAUAAAAUAUCAAAGAAAAUAAAUGUGGGAAAUAGAACAAGUGAUAACGGCUGGUGUGGCAAUACCAAAGAGGAUGUAAAUAUUACAUACUAAGAAGUGGGAUUGCCUAAGUAAAAAUCGAAACUGAUUUUUGUAUGAAAUGCAGUGAGAUUUGAAAUAAGUUUGAAAUUGUUAUAGCUACCGACGAAGUAAAAUCCGGCUAAGUUUGAAAGCGAAUAGUUGCUUUAAAUCACUGACCUGUAUAAAUACCACUGGACAGGCUGUUCCAUAUGUUUGACAGCAAAUUUUUUUUGCCUAUUUGAAGCGCCACUCGCGAGUGUCCAGAGAACUAAUUUUGACGUAUAAUACAAAUGGCUGCGAAGAAACGUUUAAUACUCUGAAGUAUUUUUGCAAUUUGAAUUAAUUUUGUUAGUUUUCCGUGUUAUUUAUACUUCAAAUAUCAACUUAAGAAAGUACACAUUUUUUUUUGUAAAUAGUUUCCCACCAUCUAUCGAUUUUUGCUGAGGUUGUCUUCAAUAGUUUAAGUAUCGCAUACUCUCGCAACAUGGCCAACAGCGCCAAAAUGGCGAAUAUCAAACAGUCACAAAAGCACUUUGACAGCCGCCAGUCCAGUGGUAUAUAGUAGAGGUCAGUGCUUAAACCGUAGUGGAUUUCGGCUAUAUCAGUUGUUUAUAAGAUCAUAGCCGUCGCACAUAGGUAGAUUUCGCGAAUUUAGGCGGUCAAAAACAUUUUACUGUGUUAACAGCUUUUAAAUGGGGUUUUAGUAAUUAAAAGAGGUUAUUAUAAAAUGAAACACUCUAUGGAGUAAAACAAAAAUUUUUAAUAAAUUAUUUACUAAAAAUAUAUAUAAAUAUUAAGAUUUUAAUAAAAAAUUAUAUUAUUAUGUUGUCUCAGCGGAGUAAUUCACGGGACGAUGCCCGGUCCUUUGAGAGGCUUGCAUGGGUCCAACAUGUAGAGGCCGUUUGAGACUUUUAACUGUAUAAAAUAUAUAUAUAUAUUUACCUAUAUAACUAAAUAUAUAUAAAAAAAUCUAAAUAAGUAUACUAAUUUGAAAAAAAAUAAGACAUUUGAUAUUUACAAAAUAAUUUUAUUCCAUUGUAUAUCAUAAAAAACAAAAAAAAUAAAACAUUUUAUAAAAAGUUAUUCAUCUUCAGAAAAAGAUGUGUCGGAGUCCUAUAUUUAAUUUUCGGUCUCAUUUGGAUCCCCAGGCAACAUCAUUGCAAUAGUUUCGCUUAAAAAAGAUUUAUGUGAGGUUUUCCUGAUUGGCCUCAAACUACUUAACAAUGGAUCUGAUGAUAAUAAUAAUCUAUGAAAAAUAUCUAAGUUGCACUCUUCGCGCGAAAACUUUCUCGCGUAAUUGAGCCUGUAGGUGCGAAAGUGUUUGUUGCGUGCCUCUGCCGCUUCUUCUGACAGCUGUCCUAUCGGCAGCAAUGCAUGUUCGAUGAUGCUUUCACCGUGGAUUAAAAUCUUAUGCAUUAUUGGCGUCAUGGGGUGCCAUCCAUAAAGAUCAACAUAUAACUUUGCUGUAUCCAAAGCGUAGUUAUUAUAUUUAGAAACAUCAAUUUUAUGGCCACUACUAAUCACCUCUAAUAUAACCUUCAACCUAUGGACAACUUCAUGGUUAAUGCCUGUAAUCUCAGCAGCCAAUUUAGUGUCUUCAAAAAAGCGUCUACUGGUAUUCCCAUCAUUUGUGUUACCAAAGUUAGCUUUAGGCAUAUCAACUAAAAGGCCGGUUUCUGUUCUGAAUCUUUCUUGAAUUUCCCUUUUUCUUUGUUCUUCUAACAACUUUUCCUCUGGGGUCCUCCUUUCUCUGUACUUUUUUACGGGUAAUUUAUAUGCUGAAUGCAAAAUGCUUUCAAAAAGCCGUAUCCUGGUGUGUAAAUUAGAGAUUCCAAACUCGAGAGCUUCGGGACAUUUUACUACAUUAUUUUUACUAAGAUCAUUGAAGUCUUUUGAUGUCGCUCCACAUAUAAAACACCGACUUGUUGAAGAAGUGUUUGUAGCUGCGUUGCAUACUUUGCCGUCAAUCAUCGUCAUUUUCAUAAUAUGCCGAAACGUAUAUUCGUUAGAAUUAAUAUCAACUUUUGUUGCGGUCAAGCGCUUUUGUGCAUUUUCUACAUAUGCUAUUUCUUCUCUAGUGAUAUUUGUUGAUUCUUUCACGAAGCGAAAUCUAAUCGGUCGGCAAAAUCGUGGUGACGAAGGUGUAGGAUUCUGCCAUACAACCUUUUUGCCCUGUUCUCCACAGACAAUUUGGAUUGGAACAAAAGAACUCAAGAAUAUAUUUGCAUCAGAGUCGGCAUCUUCUGUAAAUUUCUGCUUAUACCGCGUUUGUUGUGAGCCGUCACAACCCCAUUUCAAUAUAAUAGUUAAUGAUUGUCUUUCAUUAGAAUUAGUGUUAUCAAAACUUCUUCCAGGAAUUUCGAUAAGCGCGUAACGGUGUGAUCAAUUAGGCUUUGAAGGUCCAUUUCCGCGCAGGUAGCCGUUACCCGUAAAGCCGAUUUCGGCGGGUAACACUCUUGCUUCGCUUUCAACAAAAGGUCAUAACAAGGGAAAUGUCUUUUGUUUGUUGCUCUUAUUAUUUCAUAUUGCCUACGUGUGAGAUCAGCCUCAACAAACAUCUUAAGUGCUUCGAAGGGGGUCAACGGAGGGAUAGCUUCAUCAACCUUAGAAUAAGCCUUUUUGUAUUGACUGGCUUUUGUUGGCGAAUUGGUUUCGUCCUUCAGGACUUUGGACACAUUUCUUUUUCCAUCUGAUUGUAAAAGUACUUGCGCAGCAUGGACUAUUACUUCAGGGUCCACAGAAGAACGUAUUUCUUCUGUUUUCCUUCUCUUGCUUCGCUCACUCAAAUCGGCAAACGAUUUACUUGGACGACCCUGGCGAUGAGUUGUUUCAAUCGGAAUCUCAAAGGUUUCCACCUAACCAAGAACUAUUAUUUUUUUCGAAAAACUCUUUAUUUUUAUGUGCUUUCAACCAUCUUUGUUUCAUUUGCGAUCUAACGUAUGAAAAUUUAUGCUUAAGAGUUUUUUUAUUGUCUUCUGUAUCACCAUAGCGCACCAGCAAGUAAUUCUCUAAAUAAUCCAAUUUCUCAUCAAAAGAAGGUAAGUUUUGUCCCUGCAUUAGGUCAAAUAAAUAUUUUUUCGUCACUACCUUCACGCCAGAGGUAUUUGAUGACCCUAAAACGAAGACAACUAUAUUUUAGAAGCGUUAGAAAAAAUAAUUUUUUUUCUUGUUUUUUUACAAAAAAUCUUUGAUUAAGGAUUUUUCCGAGAUUUGCGGUUUCUAGCGGCAAAUUUUUUGUUUACUAUAAUACUAAGACCCUGUUUAUACCGUAAAAGAGAAGAAAACAGGUGGGAUGGACCCUGAAGUAUAAUUAAAACUCUUGAGAAAUCGAAAAUCAAUGAUAAAUUUGUACAAAAAACAUCUUGUCUUACAAGUGAAAAAAAAUAUGACAAUCUGUAAUAAAACACCAUUAUUAUAUAUAGUUUCAAAGAUUCAUACCUGAAUUAUGCGAAUCCAUCCUUUUCACUAAGGUAAUUAACUUCACAAAAAAAAUAUGGACUUUGUAAGAGAAGUUGCACAGUGAGCGACGCGACGCGUCGAGAACUGUAACGUACACCGGGAACGGAGGUCAAGUUUCGACUAUGUGUAAAUAAUUCAUGGCACAUGGCCCAAGGGUGGGGAUAGUGAGGAUAGAUUCAUGGAAGUGUCUUGUAACGGUACCGGUCAAAGUUUUAUGGCUAAAUUGACUUUGAAAAAAUGACUUUUGGCCGCCUAAAUCGUCGAAAUCUACCUAUGUGCGUCGUCUGUCAAUCUAUCAAUGACUGCACAUUUCAUACAAUCGAGUGAAUCGCUUUUUUCUUAGAGAGUUUCGCUAGGCUGAGCAACACUGCUUUACAUUUAUAGCCACUCAGUAGACAGAGAGCUAUUCAGCCACCUCUUUCAUGCCCAAGCUUUAAAAAUAGAACAAUUUAACUGACUGACAUGAAAACGUUUGUCUCCCUUUUGAUUCUCCUCUAGUAUAAAUUACAAUUGGGGCAAAAACCAUUGACCGAUCAGUAUGUGUGGUCAACAAUGAUCAAAUUUACUAUUAAAUAUAAAUUAGUUUUCAAGUGAUGUAUGGCUGUGCGUGAGAAUGGCCGUAAGACAGAGCACCGCGUAGUUGUAAUACAAUGUAGUUUUAUUUAGAUGAUGACGUACAAACGAACAACUGUCUAGCUUUACCUGUAAAUAUUAACUUUAGUUAUUGUCGGUGUAAUUUUUUGUUGUAAUUAUUUAUGAAUUAACAAUAGUGAUAUAGUGUGCGUGUGUGUGUGUGUGUGUGUGUGUGUGACUUUAUAUAAUUAUAAUCGUAUAUAUUAUUACAUAACGUGCCUACAUUAUACUAUAGCAAGUUACAUAAUAUUUUAAGAUUACAAUUCAUGCGUUAUAUAAUGUAUUUCGUUAUAUUUGGGAUUUUCAGCUAUAUAUGUAUUAUAUUUAGCAGCCUUGUUGCUUAUAUCAAUAAGGGUUUGUCUAUGUCUUUCAUAUUAUAUAGUAUAGUAAAGACAUUUCAAACAUCAACCUCAGUUACAUGAGUGUUUUCGGUGUUGUAUUAUAUAAUAAUAAAAUAAAUUAUAAAGAUAUAUUAUAAUGUUAAAGUUCGAAUCAACAAUUAUAUCAAUAUUAAUAUCAGAGAUAAAUAAGUGCUUACAAGAACGAUUGUGUCAUUAUAUGUACGGAGCGGAUGUAUUUAUUUAUGAAUCGAUUCUUAAAUAUAAACAAGACAUUAUGAUACUGUCGUAUUUUAUUAGAAUAAUAUCUUACUCUGUUAUCUAUUAUAGUAAUAAGGAGUAUAUGUAUUACUGAAUGCAGGUGACCAAUUCAUGAAUAUGGUAUUGGUACUCAGACCUCUCUUUAUGUGGAUAUAACUUUUUUUUAUUAAUUUGGCGUUAUGUUGCGGAAAUCAAUAAUUGUCCAAAUGUUGUGAUAUUUAUUGAGUGUAAAUUAGUUUUAUCUUUAAUUAAUUCGACAAGUGUUUCACCUUCUACACUCUUCAAUUAGUCUCGUGUCAGAAUUGGGCAAGUCAAAAUCUCCUGUGGAUGCCUAGUGUAGAGGCAAAACACGUGUCGAAUGAAUUAAAGAUAGUCGUAUCGGAAUUUCCACUCAAUAAAAAUCACAACAUUUGGAUUAUCACUUAAUUGAUAGAAAAAAGUUAAUACUUUUAUUAUGAGUUCCGAUGAUGCUCUAAUGAGGUUAUGUGAAGUGAUAUACAAAUAGAUUAGGAAUGCAACCGUCAGCCUAGGCCAUAGGAGUAUAAAAGGAAGCCCUCCCUGCCUGCCUUAUAUAAUUUUAUAUACUGACAAUAUCAUGGCUACAAAAUAAACGAACCAUUGUUAGACACUAUCAUACCUAAUUAUAUUAAUUUCGAUGAUUCUGUGUAAUUUACAACGUACGGAAUGAUUUUUGUAAGGUUGAAGAAAAAAUAGUGUUUAAUAAGUAAUUGAGUAGAACUUGUGAUUACAAAAAGAUGGUUAUAAUAAUGUAGUAAAAACUAAUUUAUUAACAAUUACUAUUUAUCUGAAGUUUACAUAGAAUAGUAGAACAACGGAAAUACAAGUAAAUAAAUAUAUUUAUUAAAUUAUUUAAAUCAUUCGGAUACCAAUCACUUUUUGCACAGAAAAACAUAAAAUUCUUCGUGUCCGACAGAGCUUGAUGUAUAGUCCGACAACUUCGUGCGCGACCGUCCCCCGGGGUGACAGGCGGGGGCGGGGUAAUAAGACAUCAGCGGGUAGCGGGUGGUGUUGCGGGGGAAGGGCUAUGAGUGAGACUGCCGUAACCCGCUACCCGCUUGCAUCUUAUUAACCCAUCCCGCCACCGUCUGUCACUCCAUGGGACGGUCGGACUAUAAUCUGCUGUUUUUUCAGCUGCCUUGUUUAUCUACUCGUAGUGUAGAAAUAUAAACAGGAUGUAUAUCAUUACAAUCAAUUAAUCUUACUUAUAAUGGAUACCUAAUGGUACCUAAAAAAAAUCGCGUACACCUUCCUUAAAGGCCGGCAGCUUCCUUUGAUCCCUUUGGUAUUACAAGAGAAAGUGGGCGGCGGUAAUCACCUAACACCAGGUGACCUGAUCGCUCGUUUGUCCUCCUUUUCCAUGAAAAAAUGGAUAUUUCGGUGUAUUCGUAAGGUUCUUUAUACUAAUCGGCUAUUGCUUAUAAGACCUUGUGCACGUCUUCUGUUAAGCUAAUAAAACACGACACUUCAGACGGAAUUACAUAGUCACUUGUAUAAAUAUGUAUAUUCUUAAACGUCGGCAGUGUUCGUGUUAGAAAUGUGUCAGUGUUUGAUAUUACAAUGAGCAGCGGUGAUCACUUCACUGUUUUUCCUCCUCUACCAUAAAAAUAUUAUUCUUAUAUAUAAUAUUACAUCUCAUUUAAAUCCACUAAACAUGAAAGUUCUGUCAAAUUUAAUGUUUUUCAAGAUGGCGGAUUAGUUCAAGUAUUAUAUAAUAAUAUUUUCUGCCUUCUAUCAUUUGAGCAGUCAUACAAUACUAUUUUAAUUGUGAUACUGUAAUGUUAAUAAGGUAAUACCACUACAUUAAGAUGUCAGAAUAUUUCCUGCAAUUUAAUAUACCUAUAUAAAAUGUGUACGACUUCGUGUUUACUGUAGUGACGGAAAACAUUUUCAAGGCUUUACAGCUUUCAAUAAACAGUACACAUGGAUCUCGACUUUUGUGACUAAUAAUAGCUCAUUAUCUAUUCUAAAUUAAUAUGUAGGUCCUAGAUUUAUUGUAUGAUAUUAUAACAUUUUGUUGUACAAGAUACCAAAUGCAUUUUAAAUUUUAAUUAAAUAAAUUUUGAAGCAUA